AUGGUUAACGCUACUACGGCUGCAAUGAGUGGUCGACGCCAUGAUACCUCCACAUCCGAUGUGGCAUCGGACCUCGAUUUAGACACUUCUUUCGAUAUUCCCGUCAUAGAGACCGAGGAAUCACUGUUCGAUGUGAUUCCUAAGUUAUCCCAUUUCAUUAGCAUGGCUGUUGGCGAGAUGGCCUAUUCGUUUGAGCAAAUGAGAUACGGAGCUCGAGGUCAUCGUCUCAGACAAUUGGUCCAUGCUCUGGCACAGGACAGUCAUAACCCCUUCAUCAUUGUUGCCUUGAUGAUACUGAAAUGGGAGUUUUCCAACGUAGCUGAAGACGACUGGGGACUGAACGAGAGCCGAGGGGCAGCAUGCGAGUUCGUCGCCUGGCAGUUUCUUUGUCACCUGAACCAGCGAGAAACGAUCGAAUUCCUCCUGGAAGAGCUUCCAAGCCCCAGACGCAGGUCAACAAAUCUCAUUGAAGUGGAAACGGGAACCUCCCGUCUUACUAGGGGCGCGACAGAGUCCACUCCUCUACUAUCAGGUGCUUCCACACCUGGUCGCCAAUCAGAGCUGGGCAAACAAGGCCCCGAGAACCAGAAUCGUCGGGCUUAUCUGGGUACUCAGACUGAAUACCUGGAUGAUUGCAAUUUCUCAAGAUACUCGAGAUUCUUCGGACUAAAUGCGUUGGAAGUUGCAGCUGUUGCAGGUGCGAAGAGGUUCCUGAGCCAGCGGGUUGUUCAACGCGUGGUCAACGACAUUUGGAAUGGCGAAAUCGUGUUCUGGGAUUCUCUCACGGUACACUCAAUCAAGAAGCCGCAAAUAUUCAACAGGAAAACAGCAGAUCCCUAUUCGCGGCUACGAGUUCCAGUCUACCGGAAGAUGUUUGAAGCAGGCUUCUUCAUCUCAUUCUUGCUGCUGUACUAUUCAGUACUCGUCGAGCGCAAACCGAAUGGUCUUGGGUUCUUUGAGAUCUUCAUGGAUGUUUGGAUCGUGGCCUUUGCUUAUGAUGAAUUGAGCGGGCUCAUCGAUGCUGGGAUGUUAUUCUAUCAGGCGGAUUUCUGGAGCCUGUGGAAUCUCGGAAUUAUUGGCGUCGGAUUCGCUUUCAUCAUCACCAGGGCCAUCGGAUUAGCCAGGGCUGAUGAAUACAUUCUCGACCUUUCAUUUGAUAUUCUCUCCCUGGAGGCGUUGUUCCUAGUGCCAAGGAUCUGCUCACUCGUGAGCUUGAACUCAUACUUUGGCAGUCUGAUACCGGUGCUGAAAGAGAUGAUCUCCCCGAUCUUCGGCUAUGGCUUGAUGAUGAUUUUCGUCGCUAUGACCAACAUCUUGCUGCUCUCGUCACUGAUUAGUUUGAUGAGCAUGAGUCUAGAAGGCGUGAUGCGGCACGCCCGUGAGGAAUACCUGUUCCAGUUGUCCAUCUAUGUCUUGGAGAGCAGUAAUUCCCGGCGUCUGACGUAUUUCAUGCCGCCCCUGAAUCUUAUUCCCCUCCUCUGCAUCCGCCCCAUGCGAUUGUUCCUAUCGGCGGGAGUUGUUCGUCGAGUACGCAUUAUGCUACUUCGGGCAACCCACUUGCCUUUUGUCAUGAUGAUUUGGGCAUAUGAGUCCAGCCGACGACAUCUCCAUCGACCGACUACCCGCCUCCCCCCACUCUCCACGGCACGACCUCAUGGUACUUUAGGUGGCGAACCGAGUGUCGCGAGAUGUCAGGAUCCACUUCACUCCUCUAUCACUGAAACCCGUCGAACGGACCCUAAGCACCGACGAAUCAGCAUUGACCUGCAUGAUUCGCGCGAACCAAGUCUGGCGCGGGCCGAAAAGACACAGCUUGCGGAGAUCCUGAGCGCUGUGGAUCAACUUCGAGAGCAGGUGGAGCGCGUAACGACUGGACUUUCCACGCAGAAACGGGGCUGA